AUGAGUAUUGAUAAUGUUGAUCUAAUAGAAAAGACUCAAAUAAGUAAAACUACUUCAAAUGCAGAUGCAGUUAUACCACAACAGGUAAAUAUAAAGUAAAAUAUAAUAUUUUUAAUUUUUUCAUUGUUAAAUAUUUUAUUUAUUUUGUGGGUGGUUAUAGGCUAUGUACAUGUAGGUAAUAUAUGUAAUUAUACAUUACAUAACUGUAUAGAACAAUACAACUAUUCACAUUCAAGCAGUAUAAUUAAAGAGUUGAUAUUUAAUUUUAAAAAUAACUAAAAAUUGAUUUGGGUGCCAAGAAUAAUUAAUUAGUGAAGGUUAUAUUGAUAAAUGCAAAUAAAACUAUGUUGAGCUGUUGUAGAGUAUUGCUAUUAAAUAUAUGCUAUAUAAGCUAUUUUAGAGGAAAUAAAAAAACUAUGUUAAAGCAGCUUUUAUGCAAUAUAUUAUACUAAUUUUAUUCUAUAAUUAUUUACAGCUAGAUUUAUUGAAUAUGGAAAUAUAGAUAAUAUUUUAUGGCUUUUUUAUUUAAGGAUAUACCAACUAUAUAUUAUAUAGUUAUGACUAUUAUAAGGAAUUAUAUAAAAUAUUUUUUAUAUUUAACUAAUAAUAAAUAAUGUUAUACAAUUUGCUGCAAUAAAACUUAAUUUCAAGAUUAAUAUAUUAAUAUUUAAUAAAAUAUUAAUUGCUGAAAUAUUAAUAAUUUAGUAUGUAUAUUUUAUAAUUUUUGCUUCAUAAUUUAAGCAUAAUAUAAGAUGUUUUAUUGGAAUUGACAGACUUAUCUUUAUAACUAUAAAAUAGGAAUAUAUAUCUUUCAGUAGCAAAUAAUUAUAUUGAAUGUGCAAUCUGUAUGUUUGAUUCUGUCAGAACAAUAUGGAUCAAAAACAGAAGAAGUGAUUGAUGCAUUUUCAAAAUUAAUGUUUAAAGUUGUUUCAUUAACAAAUAAUCGUAAUGUUCAAAAAUUAAUUUUGGACAAGUUUUUAAAAGUCUAGCCAACAAUAUGCGUUUUAAGCUAUUUACUUUUCAAACAUUUCAUUCAAUAGCAGCAGGUAAUAUAUUCAAAGAAAAAAAAUGAUGAUCUCCUUAAAGACUUAGAUGUUCUGAAUGUACAAAACUGGCCGGAUAAAUAUGAUAUUCAAUAUGGUGACAAAUUUGUAAGGAGAUUGGCUACACAAUUUCAAGUAGAUGAAAUACUUAUUGUUAGAGGUUUUCGCGAGUUUAAGGACACAACAAAUUUGUCACUAGUUUACUCAUUAAGACCAUUAAUAGUUGCAAUUAAUACAAUUAACAAAAGUUUUAGUACCAUGAAUAUUAUAGCUACUUGGAAAAGAAAUGCAUUAACUCCCAAGCAUUUAUCAUCAUUGUUAUUAAUACAAUGUAUAGGUCCGCUCACUAAUAGUCGCCACGGCUCAAUAAUGUUUAAUAAGUAA